GACUUGUUUCUCAAGCUGUAGGAGUGCAGCCGAACAGCACAUCUUCGGCUCUCUGUGUUGGUAAGGAUGGCCACGUACACAGCUUACAGUGGCUAUACCAAGCCACCAAUGUCUUAUGCUGAAUCUUACUAUGACGGAAGGCAACCUCAGACCUAUGACGGAAGGCAACCUCAGACCUACUACACAGACUACCAAGACUCUGUGUAUGAAGAAAAAAAGAAAAUUGAGAAAGAAAAACGUAAAAAUGCAAUUUGGUGCGAGGUUGUGGCUCUUAUCAUCGGCUUCAUUGGACUGAUCGGAGUGGCAGCAGUGACAGGCUUGCCUAUGUGGAAGGUAACAGCUUUCAUUCAAGAAAACAUCAUUGUGAUGGAGACCCGCUGGGAAGGUUUGUGGAUGAACUGCUUCAGACAAGCCAACAUUCGGAUGCAGUGCAAAGUGUACGAUUCCCUGCUGUAUCUGCCACCAGAACUCCAAGCUUCUAGGGGACUGAUGUGCAGCUCUGUGGCUCUGACGUCCUUUGCACUCAUUGUAACGGCAGUGGGCAUGAAGUGCACCAAAGUCGUUGACCGUCGUCCUCGGACAAAGCACAUUGUUCUCGUGACUGGAGGCUGCCUCUUUCUCAUGGGAUGCGUUACCACCUUGAUCCCUGUGUCCUGGACUGGCCAUGUUAUCAUCAGGGACUUCUACAACCCACUUCUGAUCGACGCCCAGCGCAGAGAGCUCGGAGAGGCUCUGUACAUCGGUUGGAUGACUUCUGGUCUGCUUUUUGCAGCUGGAAUUAUUCUCCUGUGCCGCCAUGCUCCUCGCACCCAGAUUUCAGAUGAGAGAGUCAUAUAUACUAAUGGAAGCCUCUACCAACCUCCUAACACAUACCAGCCGCACACCUAUCAACCAGGAUACACCUAUCAACCAGGAUACACCUAUCAACCUCCGUACUCUGAACCUCCACCAGGAUCUGUAGCAUACACACCAACUCAAUACUAGGCAACUGUUUGGACUUGAUUUUUAAACCUGCCAAGUUUAGGCUCAGAUGAUAAGAAGACUCAAGUAACUGACACCAUCAGGCGAUGAUUAGAAAAGGCUUGAUGUUUUAUUGCUUUCUUAAAGAGGGCCAAGUGUUUUGUUGAGACAGACAUGCUGAAUAUGUUUGUGUUUUAAUCAUGAGGAACUGUGUUGAUUUCCCAUUGUCCUUUUUUUUUUUCAUUAUACAAGUGCAUAUUUUCAACCUUUAACGAUACAAAAGCAUGUACGGUAAUUGUGACCCUGACUUUAAAAAUACUUUUGAUGUUUGUCUUUUGACCACAUAUUUUGCACAACAUUGUACUGUACAUUAAACCUAUCCAAACCACUAGAUGAUUUCUGUUUACUUUUAAACAUUUGUAAUGAAUGGACGUACUUUUUCAAAAACACUCACCAAAAUGUGAUCUCAUUUGGUGUUUCAAAUAAAAAUAAGUGAU